UUCUUUAAAGAAAAUCAAAGAAUUCUUAAAGCAAACAGUUGUGAAACAGACGCCAAAAGAUCAACAGCAUCGAUCAGUUAAGAAAUAAAUUAGAAUUAAAAUAUUUUUAUAAUAAAAACACGAAAUGAAAAGUUAUCAGUUAACUGUGGUAAUAGUUUCGCUAUUACUUUUAACAAUUUCCUGUGAGGCCAAAAAACGCAAACAUCAUAAAAGUUCAGAUGAAUCUUCGGAAUCCUCUAAAACUAAAACCAAAACAAAAUGGUCUUCUUCCUCGAAUUUGGGUCCACAGACAAAAAAUUCCAUGGUAGCUACUGAAGAACAUGGUUAUUAUGUUAAGCGCACCUUUUUGCCCUUAAGCAAUGAUGGUAAAAAUUCCUCCAACUUAAAAUCUCCUCCCUUUUUGGCUGUACCCAUUGCCUGGUUUCCCUGUAAAGAUGCUGAUUGUUUAAAACUCAACUCUCUGGCUCUUAAUUCCAAUAAAAAUUCCCUUGAUGAGGGUUUCCUUUGUGACGAUGAUUGUACGGGACCUUAUGAACCCAUCUGUGGUAAAACCUCUUCCGAAGUCGCAGUAUUCUAUAAUAAAUGUAAACUUAAUGUCGCUAAAUGUAGAAGUCAUGGCUAUUGGUCUGAUAUUGCCUAUGAAGAUUGUAAAACACAAUAUCCCGAGGAAGUAAAAUAUGCCGAAAUGAAAUUCUGCAGAAGUCCUUAUUUUAGAAGAUCCGAAGAAAUUCCCUCAAUGGAAGAAAAUAAAACUGAAAAUUCUGAGAACUUAGUUGUAGAGGAAACCACUACUUUGAAGGCGGAGGAAGUUUUGAUACAGGAAAUCAAGGAUUCGAAACCUGUAGAGAAAAUUGAAGAAUCUAAGGAUUCAUAUAAAGAAAUAAAAACGGCCAGUGGUAUUGUAACCGAAAUGAAAUUGUAGAAAAAUUCUUUGGAAGUUAUCGAAAUAAAAUUUUUAUAAAAAAUUAUCAUAAUGUA